UUAGUAUUUCCUUUUCCGUUUAGCCAUCAUAGAAAUCGGAUAGAAGUGUCCAUCACUUCCAAAAAUCCAAAUCACAAUGGCAAUCAAAUAUGAUAUGGCCGUUGGCAUUAAAAAGGGCCACAAAGUUACAAAAAUAGAAAACCCAAAAAAGAAUAAAGCCAAUCGUAUGAAAGGACGAAACACGAAGAAAAAUAAAUUUGUGAGAGAUUUAGUCCGAGAAAUAGUAGGUUUAUCGCCAUAUGAAAAAAGAUGUCAAGAAUUGUUGAGAGUAAGCAGAGAAAAGAGAGCCUUGAAAUUCUGUAAAAAACGACUUGGUGCCCAUACACGAGGUAAGAAGAAGAGAGAAGAGAUGCAAGCCAUUCUCAACGCCAUCAGAAAGGCCGCCAAGGAACAUGAACACGAAGAAGAGGCAGCUUAAAUAUCUUGUAAAAUUAAAAAAAAUUAAAAAACCAGUA